GUCACAGACGUGGGAUUUUGGAAAUCAAGGGUUGUGGCUGAGGGUGAUAUUUGUGUCCAAAUAUGGCGACGGUUGUAUGUUAACGCAGGGAUCAGGCUAUUCCAUGGAAGCGACUGGAACAGAUGAUCGCUCCCUCUGGUGAUAUAACAGGAAUUUCUUAAUAUGAGUGAUGACAAACCUUUCCAAUGUACUGCUCCUGGAUGUGGACAGAGAUUUACAAAUGAAGACCACUUGGCAGUCCACAAGCACAAACAUGAGAUGACCCUGAAGUUUGGCCCAGCAAGAACUGACAGUGUCAUCAUUGCUGACCAAACCCCUACACCAACCCGCUUUUUGAAAAACUGUGAGGAGGUCGGGCUCUUCAAUGAACUUGCUAGUCCAUUCGACCAUGACUUCAAAAAAGCGACUGAAGAUGACAUUAAAAAGUUACCACUGGAUUUGUCACCUCUUGCGACGCCUGUCAUACGCAACAAAAUAGAGGAACCCACAGCUAUGGAGGCACAUCGAGAUAGUCCUCUGCCUCACCCCGAAUCUACUACAAAUGAUGACAAGGACUUAUCUUUGCAGCCAGCCUCACUGCCAACAUCCACUAUAGUCCAUCCUGCAUCCCUCCAAGUUCCCAAUGUACUUCUAGCAACCUCAGAGGCUAAUGUUGUAAUACAGCAAGCUCUCCCAUCGCCAACAUCUAGCUCUGUUAUUACCCAAGUCCCAUCUACUAAUAGGCCUAUAGUCCCAGUGUCUGGCACCUUCCCUGUGCUCUUACAGCUGCCUAAUGGCCAGACCAUGCCAGUUGCUAUACCUGCAUCUAUUACAAGCUCAAGUGUACAUAUCCCAACUACAAUCCCUCUUGUCAGACCUGUCACCGUAGUGCCUAACGUCCCCGGGAUCCCAGGACCUCCCUCGCCACAGCCACAGCCACAGCCACAGCCUGUCCAAUCAGAAGCAAAGCUGAAACUGAAAACGACAUUAAGCCAGCAGCUUCCUCAGGUAACCAAUGGAGACGGCGGUGAAGUCCAGAGCAACGCUGUAACCCACACUGCUGCUCCUGCUUCUCCUGCCCCAGCCCCAACUCCAGCCCCAACCGCAGUCCAAACUCCCGCUCCGGUUCCUCACCUGCCUGCAGCUGAGGAACCUUCUCCCCAUUCCCUUCAACAGCCAGCCACCUCCACCACAGAGACACCUGCUUCCCCAGUGCCCCCAGCGCAAAACCCUCCAAGCACAGGGGGUCGUCGACGCCGAACCACAAGCGAAGACCCCGAUGAGAAGCGGCGCAAAUUCCUGGAGCGUAACAGGGCUGCCGCUUCUCGCUGUAGGCUGAAGAGGAAAGUGUGGGUCCAAUCUCUGGAGAAGAAGGCCGAGGACCUCAGCUCCAUGAACGGACAACUACAGAAUGAAGUCACCCUGCUGAGAAACGAAGUAGCUCAGCUGAAGCAGCUUCUUCUGGCUCAUAAAGAUUGCCCUGUAACCGCCAUGCAGAAGAAAUCUGGCUAUCACAUCUCUGACAAAGACGACAGCUGCGAGGAGAUGUCCGUCCCCAGCAGCCCCCAGAACGAGGCCAUCCAGCACAGUUCCGUCAGCACCUCCAAUGGGGUCAGCUCCUCCUCCUCCUCCUCCACGACCCCGGCCGUCUCUGCCCCGUCCAGCACCGCCUCGAACCAGAACACAGAGGAGAGCCAGCCGCGGAGGGGCCCCAUCCAGUCUCAGCCUUCUGGGAGUUGAUCAGACUGUGCCCGUGCUGUCGCCUCUUCAACCUCUCUGACAAACAGAGGAAAGAGAUUCUCUCUCAGCUUCAGUUUUGGACCGCACUGGUUUUAAUUGAUUCUUGAUCGGUUUACUUUCUGUUUGGUCCGUUUUGUCCUCCAUAGGCAGUGCUGUUUUCUCCGGAAUUGAUGAAGACAAAAGAACAGGCACUUUAGGUGUAAGAUGUAAAACACAUGGUUCGAAAAUGUUUUUAUAUUUAUGUGACUUAUUUAUUAAUCUUAUAUAUUUUUUUAUUUGAAACCAAUCAGCCUGAACGGUUGAUCAGUGAAUUAUUAGAGACCUUACCAAAGUGUGUUAAUGGCUCAUUUGCUUGUUUGUUUUCAUGACUUUUAGAAGCGCUACCUUUAUGAUAUCGUUCUGUAAAGAGCAGUCAUUUCUUUCUGAUUUACUUUGUUCAUUUUGCACAUUUUGAGAGAUGACGGGUUUGCCUUUGUAGAGUCUGACAGUCCACACCUUAAGUACCGGCAGCUUUUUUUAGUAGAUUUGAAUCCUGUCACAUUACACAAGUGUAAGUGGCUGAAUCAGAUUUUAACUUUGACAACUUUUCUGUGGCCACAUUGUGCAGUUUGAAUGUUCGAGCUCGCCCCUGCUUGUAAAAUAGUCUUAACGGGGGGCGAGCUGGUUAGAUAUGUGUGUUCAUUAACAUUCCAUCUAUAGCCUGAUUGUUCCUGAAGCAGUGAUUGUAGGAUCGCAGUACCUUUCCCAUUACUCAGUCAUGGUGACUCCAUUCAGUGCCAUUAAUGUUUUUGUAUAAAUGACUUCCAUACCUUUUUAAUGCAGAUUAGCUUGAGUUGAGUGCUGUUCUCUCAGACUAAAGGUCUCGUGAACAUAAUUGCACAGCAGAGGCGAUACCUUGCUUUGUAUACUGUUUUUGCUUUAUAAGUGGCUCUUUAUGGCUUUAGUGUCUAAUGCAGAACACUUAAGGACAUGAUGCUGUUUUCAUGAUAGACGUCUUUAGAAAAAAUUGUAAAUAGCAUCAAUGAUACAUUGUACGUGAUCUUUCUAGGUGUUAUGUACUUUGUUUUUUUUUACAUAUAGGUUAGUCUGGAUUCAGUAGCUGGACCCUUUGAUCACUUGACUGUGUUAGCAGUUAAAAACUGACCUUGAAGUCUUUCGGUCAUUAUGAUAGGCCUCUCCCUGACUUUUCAUGUAAAAUGAAAAUAUCGGAUGUGAACUGAAGUCACAUCAUGUAUAUUACAGUAACACUACUACUGCUUUGUAAGACUUGUGAGCAUUUCAUCAUUGAAAUAAUCAUAGGAAGUAAAUCACACCAUGAAAUCAGUUUGCCUUUUCUAGUCUGUACUGGCUUACUACUGUGUAGUUUUAUGAGAAGCUGACACACAGUUUUCUUAAAGUCUGUUUUGUUUUGUUUUUAUUUUAUUAUAGUUAUGAGAUAUAUGCAUGAAGUAAGAAUUCUCUGCGAGAAUUUAACUGUUUAUUUAAUAAUGUCUCAGUCAGAUAAAUAUUCAGCAAGUUGUUUCAACUUUGAGCCGUGGCUCUAAGUUUAUGAAAGCGUUUGUUUUACCUUAACUGCUCGAACAGGGGUAUGAUACCGUGUUGAACAUGUACUUGUAACUUGUGAAAGUUCUGUAUAAAAUUUGAAUUAAGUUGUUGUAAUAAA